AUGGCGAUAGCGAUGCCGGCGCCGACUUCCUCCGCCUAUUACUCUGGUUACCCGACUGAGUCUCUCCCGCCGACCCCGGUCUUCCCGUCAAACCAGGCGAUGUCGCAGUUUCUGCAGUCUUACGGUCGCAUGCUGCAGCACGUUCAGGCCAACGGUCGCAACGAGCAAGCCGGCGACGCUCUGGUGUCCGGCGACUCUCUCGCAGCAGCGGGUGCGACGGUGGUCGAGCGCGUUCACCUUGGCCUCAACGCGCUACUCGGUCACCCCGUUCACGGUGUGCAAGGAGGACAGAGGUGGUGCGAGAAGGAGAUGCAGGUCGAGCGGUGCUUAGCCGAACUCGAGAAGGACAUCGACGGCAUGCGAUCGGCCCACGAGCGACCUCCACGUGCCGCUACUCUCACCCUCGCCACCGCUCACUGCUACGAAGCCGCUCGCCUCAUUCGCACCCUUUGA